AUGGAAGAAGCCGGUAAGCAAAACUUUGAUCGAUUUGCUCCCAUCACCUCCUCCACUGGGGAGAGAGUUGUUGAGUUGCAUAAUGUGCCGGAACAGCCUCUUUCGCCGAAAGAUGAAAGGAUUGUUUCAGCAAAUCCUUCUCCGGAUGCAGCCAUCUCAGGGGCUUCAAGAAAUGUCAAAGAUCAGCCUGUUCCCUUGGAGAAAACUGGGGCUGCUACUACUGUGCAACCACUUGAUGUUCCGCAAGAACCAAAUUUUUAUUUCGGAGGUUUUGACGGGACUGGUACUUGGGAUGACCAUUCUAAUUAUCUCAAUGCUAACAAUUUACAUGUUGUACCACCUACAAUGUACAAUGAGAAUCCAUCACUAUUCUUUCCUCCUGGUUAUGGCUAUGACACUCAGAUGGCAUAUGGGCAGUUUUCUCCCAUUCCAAGUCCAAUGUCUACAAUAAUGAUCGACGGCCAGCUGUACUCUCCACAGCAAAUUCCACCUCCCUAUUUUCCACCUAUGUCCCCAGGUCUGCCGCAUGUUAGUUCUGCUAUGACAGUCUCACAGACAGAUCUAAUGGCUCCAGCAACUAGCGGACAAGAAAGCCUAGUUGAUAAUACGCUUUUUGGGCCAGGUUCAGGCUAUUACUUACCUUUUGGAUCUUUUGGGGGAGGUGAUCUUUCUGGAAACAGUAGUCUUGGUUUUUAUAAGUUCCCAGGCGAUUUUGGGUCAGGUGAUGCUUUGUCUAAUCAAUCAAACUCCUUGGAAUCAAGUAGAUACUUGUCUCCCUUAACAUCAGGAGCUCUGUACCCCCAGCCAAUUGGCAUUCUUGGAUCGUAUGAGCAGAGUCUUGUACAGGCACCAUAUCAAGGUAUGGGACUAGGAUCCGGUUCGUCGGCAAGACAUUACCCUCAUAGUGGCUCCUAUCAGAAUAUGAAAUAUGCUACAGGAUCCAGUUCUCACUGGGAGCGGAACAGAUUUUCUUUGGAUAAAGGUGGAAGACGUGAUAGAGAGAAGGACUCACUGAACUAUUCUAAUGAUUCUCUUGGGCUAUCAAAUGAUAGAAACAGAGGCCCCAGGGCUUCAAAACCAAAAGGCAAGAAUUCUGCGGAAGAUAGCUCUUCAUCUGGCAUCAAUAAAGAUGUUGAAUCUACAUCUGGAGUUCCGCUUGACCAGUAUAACAAUCCUGAUUUCGCCACAGAGUAUGAGAAUGCCAAAUUCUUUGUCAUCAAAUCUUUCAGUGAAGACAAUGUGCACAAGAGUAUUAAAUAUGGUGUCUGGGCUAGUACACCACUAGGAAACCGAAAACUUGAUGCUGCUUAUCAUGAAGCCAAGGACAUGGCAGGCAAUUGUCCGGUCUUCCUGUUUUUCUCGGUGAAUGCUAGUGGACAGUUUUGUGGAAUAGCUGAGAUGGUUGGACCCGUUGAUUUUGAGAAAGAUGCUGACUACUGGCAGCAGGAUAGAUGGAGCGGUCAGUUCCCUGUCAAGUGGCAUGUCAUUAAGGAUGUGCCUAACAGUCGGCUCCGCCACAUAUUACUUGAAAAUAAUGACAAUAAGCCUGUUACUCACAGCAGGGACUCCCAAGAGGUGAAACUGGAGCAAGGAAUUGAAAUGCUGAAAAUUUUCAAGGAAUAUGAAGCUGAUACAUCUCUUCUAGAUGAUUUUAAAUUCUACGAUGAUCGGGAGAAAUCGAUGUUGGAGAAGAAGGCGAAACAAAAGACCAGUUCAGUUGGAACCCCACCUGUUUCCGCUGCUGCGGAUCCAAUAAAUCAACUGUCAGAUAAUCUAGCAGACACUCUGAAUUUGGAAGGCAGUAAAAGCCUGCCAAAAACCGAGCAGGAGUAG